AUGAGGAUAGUUGACACUGGCAAGGACCAGCUUCCCAGAAUCAAACACACAGGAGACGGCUUCUCUAGGACUCUUCAUGACAAGCUAGUGCCAGUUCUUGUGGUCAAGGGUCGACAUGGGUUAGGAACAGAGAGACUCCGUGUCCAUCAGGCCCUGUGUGUGGGGACUGUGGUAAAGGAGACAGACCUCCAGGUGCCUGUCCUGCAGGUCCUCACACCAGGGGGAGAUGCACAGAUGACAGUUGGGGAUGAUUGGCACCAAGGCACGCAGUCCUCGUGGGCUGGCUCUGUGCCCCCUCCCACCUCUCCUCCUCUCCCGGCCCCACCAAGACUUCUCUGGUGGGUCUCACAGGCUGCGCCCCCUCCAUCCUCUAGCUGUGGGUGGGGCCCGUGCCUGGACGACCCUCCCGCCAAGGACAUCAUCGACUUCCCCUCGGUGCUGCCUGGCAUCCUCUAUGAUGUGAGCCACCAGUGCCGCCUCCAGUACGGGGCCUACUCUGCCUUCUGCGAGGACAUGGAUAAUGUCUGCCACACACUCUGGUGCUCUGUGGGGACCACCUGUCACUCCAAACUGGAUGCAGCCGUGGACGGCACCCGGUGUGGGGAGAAUAAGUGGUGUCUCAAUGAGGAGUGCAUGUCUGUGGGCUUCCGGCCCGAGGCCGUGGAUGGUGGCUGGUCCGGCUGGAGCGCCUGGUCCAUCUGCUCACGGAGCUGUGGUGUGGGCGUACAGAGCGCCGAGCGGCAGUGCACGCAGCCUACGCCCAAAUACAAAGGCAGAUACUGUGUGGGUGAGCGGAAGCGCUUCCGCCUCUGCAACCUGCAGGCCUGCCCCGCUGGCCGCCCCUCCUUCCACCACAUCCAGUGCAGCCACUUUGACGCUACGCUUUACGAGGGCCAGCUGCACACAUGGGUGCCCGUGGUCAAUGACGUGAACCCCUGUGAGCUGCACUGCCGGCCCUCGAAUGAGUACUUUGCCGAGAAGCUGCGGGACGCCGUGGUCGAUGGCACCCCCUGCUACCAGGUCCGGGCCAGCAGGGACCUCUGCAUCAACGGCAUCUGCAAGAAUGUGGGCUGUGACUUUGAGAUUGACUCCGGUGCUAUGGAGGAUCGCUGUGGUGUGUGCCACAGCAACGGCUCCACCUGCCACACCGUGAGCGGGACCUUCGAGGAGGCCGAGGGCCUGGGGUAUGUGGAUGUGGGGCUGAUCCCAGCCGGCGCACGCGAGAUCUGCAUCCAGGAGGUGGCCGAGGCUGCCAACUUCCUGGCACUGCAGAGCGAGGACCCGAAGAAGUACUUCCUCAAUGGUGGCUGGACCAUCCAGUGGAACGGGGACUACCAGGUGGCAGGGACCACCUUCACAUACGCACGCAGGGGCAACUGGGAGAACCUCACGUCCCUGGGUCCCACCAAUGAGCCUGUCUGGAUCCAGGUGCCUGCCUCCCGAGGCCCAGGGUGGGGGAGCGGAGGCGCAGUCCCCAGGCUCAGCACCCCUCAUGGCAGGUCUCGUCCUGGAGGAGUGAGCCCUGGGUCAGUCACAGAGCCUGGCUCUGAGCCAGGCCCUCCUGCUGUGGCCUCUACCUUGGUUUCCCUAUCUUUAAAAUGGCCCAAUGGUGUAGCUGCAGUUCACAGAGGUGGCUGGGUGGCUCCUUUAGGACUGGGUGGAUGGAGAAGACACCUCGUGCUCACGGGCUGCUGCCUGCCCACCCAGCUGCUGUUCCAGGAGAGCAACCCCGGGGUGCGCUACGAGUACACCAUCCACAGGGAGGCAGGCGGCCAUGGCGAGGUCCCGUCACCGGAGUUCUCCUGGCACUAUGGGCCCUGGACCAAGUGCACAGUCACCUGCAGCAGAGGUGAGAAGUGGGGCAGGCACAGCCCCAGCAGGGGCUUCGUCUGUGGACAGGGACGCUGGCUUCAGCUUCCAGCUCACUGCUGGGCCACCACGGGUUUGGAAUUUGGCUUCUCUGAGCCUCAGUUCCCCAUCUGUGAGAUGAGGCUGGCAACCGCCCCAUGUCCCAGGCGCACUGGGAGGGUAAAUGGAUGAGGCAGGUGGGUGCUGGCUCGCGGCGCGUGCUCAGUGUGCUCCAGCUCCUGGCGUUGUCCCUCCAGCGGACACAGCUCCCUCUCGAUUGUGUCCUUGCUCAGCUCCGGCAGGUCUUGUGCCUGCAUUUCUGCUGCGUCCUGGAGACCAGUCCAGUGGCCCCUCACCACCCUGACUUAUUUCCCCGAACUAUUUAUGAAAAGUAGGACAAUUUCUUUAACUCCGACUCUUCCUCCCCGUAUUUCCCUCAGUCUCCCCCAAUGCUCCUCAGUCCCCGCUCUCUUUAUCUCCUCCCCACUGCUCCUCGGUCUCCCCUCCGCCCCUCCAUGUCCUCCCCACUGCUCCUCAGUCUCCCCUCUGCCCCUCCAUCUCCUUCCAUACUUCUCAGUCUCCCCCCAUGCCCCUCGGUCUCCCUCCUGUCCUCCAGUCCCACCCAUGCCCCUCGGUCUUCCUCUCCCCGCUCGGUCUCCCCCGCCGUUCCUUGGUCUCCCCACACCUCAGUCUCCCCCUUUGUCCCUUAGUCCUCCCUUUUCCCCUCAGUCUUCCCAUCGUUGACACUCAGUGUCCUCAGGGUCUCAGAAUCGGGAAUCUGAGAUACAGACAUUUGAGCAUUCCUUAAAAUGCUA